CACGAUACACCAACUAUUACCAAGAUUCAUCCAAUUCUAGUUAUUUUAACAUAAAUGUUGAACAUCAAUGCUUUCCCACAUCCUCUUUUACCAUUCCAAUCCAUAGAAGUCCAAGUCAACCCAGGGUUUGAAUUAUUGCCCAAUUGGGUGGGUCUCAAGAGUCUCCAUCUUGCUAUGGACUUUUGCUCUCUGAUUUGAUAGUGUAGAUCCAUGGAGCUGAAAUUGCCAACUGAUAGAGAGUUGCCUUUCAAAAGGGUUGUGGAAGUUUCAACAGCUUCUGGAAAUCUGUCGCUCUUAGCUACAGAAUUGGCCUUCAAAACAAUAUAUUAUUGUUUGCAUGUCUUCUCUCUCUCCUGGAGGCUGUAAAUAGAGAAGUGGGUUGUCUUUGUUUUUGGUGGUGUAAUCUGUUUUGAGGAAAUGGAUGGUGUUUUCAUCACUCUCCUCUUGUUCUCUCUCUCACUGUUGCUUCCUCAUCCUUCUUCUUCACUCCCAUUAUGUACAGACUUGAGAGCACCUCUGAUCCCAAAGACGCCUCUGACCUUCUGUCCAUACAAUGGGAGAGUCUGCUGUGACUCAGCCCAAGAUUUGCAGUUGCAGAAGCAAUUUGAAGCGAUGAAUAUCUCGGAUUCUGGUUGUGGUUCUGUUGUGAAAUCAAUCCUCUGCGCGAUGUGCGAUCAGUUCUCAGCGCAACUAUUUGAUGUUGAAUCAGGGCCUCGACCAGUUCCGGUUCUUUGCAAUUCUUCUGUUUUAGCAAACUCAUCCCUGUCAAAAACUAGUGACUUUUGUUCAUCUGUCUGGGAGAAAUGCCAGAAUGUAGCUAUAAUAAAUUCUCCGUUUGCCCCUUCUUUACAAGGUAGAGGUGGAGUGCCUCAAAAUUCCACUUCUUCCAAGCUAACCGAUCUCUGGCAAUCAAAAAGUGAUUUUUGUCAUGCAUUUGGUGGUGCCUCUGAUGAUGGUUCAUUUUGUUUCGAUGGUGAACCAGUUUUGCUUAACAAUACUGGAACUCCACUUCCCCCGAAGGGCCUAUGCCUUGAGAAAAUUGGCAGUGGGUCAUUAUACCUUAACAUGGUUCCACACCCAGAUGGGACUAACCGUGCCUUCUUUUCUGAUCAACCCGGUAAAGUAUGGUUAGCAACUAUUCCGGAACAAGACUCAGGAGAAUCGCUAGGACUUGAUGAAUCUACUCCAUUUGUAGAUCUAACAGAUGAAGUUCACUAUGAUACCAGCUUUGGGAUGAUGGGAAUGGCUUUUCAUCCCAAUUUUUCUCAAAAUGGCCGAUUUUUUGCUUCAUUCAAUUGUGAUAAGGUUAAAAAUCCAAAAUGCACUGGAAGGUGCUCGUGUAACUCGGAUGUGAAUUGUGAUCCUUCAAAACUUGAACCCUCUAGUGGAGUUCAGCCAUGCCAAUAUCAUAGUGUAAUUGCAGAAUUUACUGCUAAUGGGACCGCAUCUGAGCCUUCAAUGGCAAAAAGUGCCAAACCAUUAGAAGUCAGAAGGAUAUUUACAAUUGGCCUUCCAUCUACAUCUAGUCACGGAGGCCAAAUUCAUUUUGGACCUGCAGAUGGGUAUUUAUACAUCAUGAAUGGGGAUGGUGGACUCAAAGACGAUGCCUAUAAUUUUGCUCAAAACAAGAAAUCAUUGCUUGGGAAAAUUAUGAGGGUCGAUGUAGAUAACACACUAAGUGCAGCAGAAAUUGGUGACCUUGGGCUAUGGGGAAACUAUUCUAUCCCUAAAGAUAAUCCUUAUUUUGAAGAUAAGGAAUUGCAGCCUGAAAUAUGGGCCUUAGGACUGAGAAAUCCUUGGCGUUGCAGCUUUGAUUCCGAGAGGCCUUCCUACUUCAUGUGUGCUGACACUGGCCAGAAUCGAUAUGAAGAAGUAGACAUUAUCACCAAGGGUGGGAACUACGGAUGGCGUAUUUAUGAAGGCCCCCUCCUCUUUGACCCUAAGCAAGCUCCUGGAGGAAACACAUCUGCAGAUUCCAUAAACCCAAUCUUCCCCGUGAUGGGAUAUAACCACUCGGAUAUAAACAAGAAUGAAGGAUCUGCAGCAAUAUCAGGCGGCUACUUCUACCGCUCCAUGACUGAUCCGUGCAUGUAUGGAAGUUACUUGUAUGGAGAUCUGUAUGCCAAUGCUAUAUGGGCAGCAGCAGAAACCCCGAAAAACAGUGGGAAUUUUACUACUUCAACAAUACCUUUCGGUUGUGCUCGUGAUUCUCCUAUACAGUGCACCUUCAAACCCAGUAGUACUCUUCCUGCUUUGGGCUACAUAUACUCUUUUGGACAAGAUAACAGGAAAGAUGUUUACAUUUUAACAAGCAGUGGUGUGUAUAGAGUCGUUCGUCCAAGUCGCUGCAAUUAUACUUGCUCGAAAGAAAACGUGACAGCCGUUGCGAAUCCGGCUCCUCCUCCGGCUUCUUCAUUCAGUCAGCUGACCAAGCCACAAAAGGAGUUGAUGCUCUUCCUUUCUUCACUAUUGCUUCUGGUAGGCUUUAUAUUGUAGCUGCAUCAGCGGAUAAGAUGUCAUGAUAUUAGUGAACACCUUUAUCUCUCUUCCUUUUAAUUUGAGGUAUUUUAGACCCACACUUAGUGGAUGUCUUAAAGUUAUGUAUAUGAACAAAACCUUUAUUUUAUGGAAAGUAGGAAGUGGCUACUCAGCUGUUUUUCA